AUGGCCAAUAAUGGUAAUGGAAGUGAGUCAUCAGUCAGUGGCACUGAAUCGAUGGAAAGAAUCAUGGAAAGAGCGGUUACUAACUUUUUGCAAGCCUUGCAGACCAACAUCAACAAUGGGAUGCCGGAACGGCGAGAAGAGCCGGUUACCAUAAAACAAUUCCAGGAUCUGAAACCCACCACAUUUACUGGCGGUCCAGACCCAAUGGUAGCAGAUGCUUGGGUUAAAGACAUGAAAAAGAUUUUUCGUGCCCUAUCCUGCACCAAAAGACAGAAGGUGACUUUCGCUACUUUCACUUUUAAAGAUAAUGCGCAGGAAUGGGGGCUUCUCACUCUGGAGAUAGAAGAAAUUGUGACUUGGGCAAGAUUCUUGGCAGUAUUUUACACAAAAUACUUCCUAGAUUCAUUGCGGGAACAAAUGGCAUUAGAAUUCAUACAUCUACAGCAAGAAACUAUGAAGGUGGCCAAACACAAGAGCAAGUUCACACAACUCGCUUGGUUUGGGACAUAUGUCAUCCCUACCGAAGCUCGAAAAGGUAAAAAGUUUGAAGCAGGAUUGGAUGUUGAAAUCAAAGAUAGGCUUGAGGUUUUGAAAUUGCCAACUUAUGCAGAAAUGGUAGACCGGGCAUACAUUGCAAAAAAGGGGAUUAAAGCCUCGCGUUUUGGGGAACUAAGCCAAAAGAAGCGAUUCUGGGAAAGAGACAAUAGAAGAUCCGGUGUUGCACCUCCCAAAAGGGUGAAUACGAGUACAACCAACUCAGAGGUCCCCACCAUUGAUGCAAUCCCUGUGAUUCGAGAAUUUCCGAAUGUCUUUCUUGAAGAUCUACCCGGUACCAAGGUUGACUGGAAAAUCGAAUUCACCAUUGCAACUCAACCUGGUACCCAUCUAGUAUCAAAAUCUCAUUACCACAUGUCAAUGAUAGAAUUGAAAUAG